AUGAACAUUGCAGGAGGACUGGUACAGCUUUUUAAAAUCUCUAUUGAUCAAGAAGAAUCAUUUUUGGAUAUGGGUAGAAAGCUUAAAGAUUAUUUAGAACAAAACCAUCUAUCCGAUCGAUAUCUUCAAGCAAUCUUAUUGAAUUCAUCAUCGCCUUUGCAUAUCACUGUUCUUGGUUUUUCGAUCAUUACCGAAACGAUUAAAGAUAUCGAUGUUGACCCAUUGAUCGUAUCUCGCAAUUAUCCCGAACCAAAAAAAAAGUAUGCACGCAAAUUAAUCCAACAAUCGGCAGAUCAAAACGAAAUGUAUGCUCAAUUUCUCUUGGCGAAUUCAUACCGUUAUGGGCUUUGGCAUGUUCGUGAUAAUGAACGGGCGUUUCAAUGUUAUCAACAAUCAAUGAGAUCUAAUAAUUUGGUAGCGUGUCAUCAUCUGGGAGCUUGUUAUCAAUGCUCGAUUGGUUGCAGGAGAGAUAUGGCUAAAGCGUACAAGUGUUAUUCGAAAUUCGAAGAUGGAUUUCAAGACGGGUUGAUGUUAUGUUAUCUCAAAGGAGAGGGUAUCCAAAGAGACAUGCAUUCAGCUUUAAAAUGCUGUUUAAAGUCAUGUAAGGCUGGGAAAACAGGUGUAAAACACCGAUUUAUACAAAUGCUUGAUGAUAAGUAUAAUCAUUAA